AUGACUACGAAUCAAUUUGACUCGGCUCUCACCACUCCCCGUCAAAGUAUGGAGCACCACGAACCCCAAGAGCCCGUUGCGGCUGUUCCUGAUGACAAGAUACGAUCGCCUCAAGAUGAUACCGAUGUUGAGAGUGCCCAGAAUCAGCAAGUCACGGAAAAGCCUGCCGAAAAAGACCCCAACCUCGUGGAAUGGGACGGCCCCGAUGAUCCUGAGAAUCCCCAGAACUUCACGCGGCUGCGCAAAUGGAUCAUUACUGUGUCCAUGUCUUUGAUGACUAUGUGGGUUACCUUUGCUAGCAGUGUCUUCUCGACCGCAACCCUAGUCACCGCGAAAGAAUUCAACGUCUCCAGCGAAGUCAUGAUUCUGGGAACCAGUUUGACCGUCUUUGGCUUCGCUCUGGGCCCUCUCUUCUGGGCCCCGUUGUCCGAACUAUACGGUCGUCGACUCCCGCUCUUCUCUGGCUAUAUCAUCUUCGCCAUUUUCCAAAUCCCCGUCGCUGUCGCGCAGAACCUUGAGACAAUCAUGAUCUGUCGUUUCCUCAUCGGUCUUUUUGGCUGCUCUCCACUCGCUUGUGUCGGCGGUGCCAUGGCUGAUAUCUGGGACCCCGUUGACCGCGCCGUCGCCAUUGCGAUGUUUAGUUCAGCCACCUUCCUGGGCCCCGUGUUGGGACCUAUCAUCGGUGGCUUCAUCACAGAGAGCCACUUGGGCUGGCGCUGGACCGCAUGGAUCACACUCAUCGCAUCUGCCUUCUUUGGCUUGAUCGCCCUCAUCAUCGUACCCGAGACGUACGGCCCCAAGCUGCUUCAAGAGCGUGCUGCCCGUCUGCGCCGGGAGACCCGUAACUGGGCCCUGCACUCUUUCCUGGACGAACACAGGCCCACGAUGUCGGAUAUUGUCUACAAGUACCUCCUGCGUCCCUUCCAGAUGCUGUUCGCCGAGCCCAUUCUCAUCUGCAUCACCAUCUACCUGGCCCUGAUCUACGGUAUCCUCUACCUCUUCUUCGAGGCCUACCCCGUCUCCUUCGGGGAAGUCCGUGGCUGGACCAACGAGGGUGUCGCCGCUCUCCCCUUCAUCGGAAUCAUGAUCGGUGUACUCCUUGGCGUCGCCCUAAUCGUCUACACAACCAAGACCCGCUUCGCCCGCAAGCUUGCGAAGCACGGCCGCGUCGUCCCCGAAGAGCGUCUCGUGCCCAUGAUGAUCGCCUCCGUGCUCCUACCCAUCGGCCUCUUCUGGUUCGGCUGGACCUCCAGCCCACACGUCUCAUGGGUCCCCCAGGUUAUUGCCGGCGUGCCUAUCGGCAUGGGUAUCCUGGUUAUUUUCAUGCAAGGUCUCAACUACAUCAUCGAUGUGUAUAUGAUGUACGCCAACUCUGCCAUCGCUGCGAACACUCUUGUUCGUUCUGCGCUUGGUGGUGCGUUCCCGCUAUUUGCAACCCAGAUGUACCACAAUCUUGGUGUCAACUGGGCUUCUAGUGUGUUGGGUUUCAUUACUGUUGCUAUGAUUCCUAUUCCCAUUCUCUUCUUCUUCUAUGGCGCGAAGAUUCGUGCUAUGAGCCGCUUCACCCCGAAGUUCUAA